UCUGAAUAGGAAGAUGGAUGGAAUCGAAUCAUACUUUGGUGCAUUCAACCCCAAAGGUAUUGAGGGCUCCCAAUAUAGCUCAUUUCGCAUGACACUUUCGAAUGGUGAUGAUAGCUUGAAAAUGGGAUUGAUGGUGAAUCCAUCAUUAUUCAAAGAUAACAAGACUCGAUUGUUUACUCAUAUCGUGGAUUAUAUGAGCACAGGACCAAAUUCAAGAGAAUCUGUGUGGCUAUUACAAUCGUAUGAUGAUCUGCCUAAGGUCGGUCUGUGGCCAACAAAAGCAUUUGGAAGAUUUAAUGACUUCGGUAACCAAGCCGAUUGGGGGGGAGAAGUGUAUAGUCCUUUGGACCAACCAAGUCCACCUAUGGGUACUGGCAUUCAUCCCCAUGGGGACACAAGUUAUGCAGCACAUAGUCAUCUUAUUGCAAUUUCAUAUGAGAAUUCACAAUCUAAAUUUGUGAAUCCAGGUGAUGCAGUGUUAUAUGAAUCAGAUCCAAAAUCAUAUAGUGUUUCUGAUUCUGGAUAUCGUAAUGGAUAUUGGAGACGUUUGAUUUUAUAUGAUGGUCCCGGAGGAAUAAAAAGUGAUUGAGGAUAUAAGUUGACUCGUUUCUUUGCUAAUAAAA